GAAGAAGAUACGUUCAUUGUUGGUUUCACAUAUUGGUGUCGUUGAAUUUGUAAUCGAUUUGAGUCAUGAUCUUUGCUUGGUUUGGUUCAUGAAAUGAAGAGUCAAGAGUAUAACAGUUUUUUGUUCUUGUGUUGUUGAUGUCAUUAACUCAUGCUUCUCUGUUUUGAUUUGAUUCAUCGAAAAUAUGGAAAAGGGCGCUCAUUGCUUGGAAGUCUUAGCAAUGCUUUCUCUGGUUUGAUGAAUUCCUUCAACGGAAUGAUUAAUGGAAACAUCCUCUCUCAGUUCAAAGCCUCUUCAAGAUAAUGUUUGCCAAAAUAUCUUAUUUUGAUGAAACUUUCUUAAACUGUGAAUUGUGUCCUGAUGUGUUUCUAAUUUACAGCAGCAACAAAGGACAUUCAUCCGAAUGGGGACGAUUCUCAAAGCCAUGGAUAACUCCGAUGCAAAAGAGGUGAAGUGUAUUCAAACCCUAAAAGGUAAUAAGAAAGGAGCAAGACUUGGCGGUACCAUUGUUGGUUCUGUGAAAGAGGCGAUACCAAGAGGUAAAGUGAAGGAAGGGACGGUCGUGUAUGGUGUGGUUGUGCGUGCUGCGAUGCAGAAAGGGCACGUUGAUGGAAGCCAAGUCAGGUUAGAUGACAAUGCGGUUGUAGUUGUGGAAAUUAAGAAAAAGAAUAAGAAAGUGGAGUUUAACCAACCAACUGGUACCUGAGUGUUCGGUCCUGUCCCACAUGAAAUGCGGCGCAAGAAACAGCUCAAGAUCCUUGCUUUAGCUCAGCACAUCGUUUGAGAGUAUACAUAACACCAGUUAUGAUCUCUUAUGUAACUCUCAUCCAUCCGUCAAUUAGGUUUC